AGGCCAAAGCGAAUCUCUACAAAUAUAUUCUUUUUCUUUUUCUUCUUCUUCUUCUUCGUCUUCGUGCGCUCCACUGUUGGACUGUUUCGAUCUUUCGCUGCUUUCUUUUUUUAGUAUUUCUGCGAGUACUCGACUGGAGGAGGGAGAUUUGGUGGUUCCUUUCUCUUUGUUAGGGUUUUGCUUGCUCUCUCUCUCUCUCUCUCUCUCUCUCUCUCUCUGUUUUGGUUUUUGCUUUCUUUUGGAGUGUUUAUUGGACUUGUCAGCAAAGUUUGACGCCAUGAGGAAGAAGCUCGAUACUCGUUUCCCAGCUCUCCCUUUAUUUCUCAUUCCUAUGCGUCUUGAGUUCUGUUGAUGGUCGUUGGCUGGGAGCUGUGGCCGGCAAUGAAGCUAAAGCUUCACACUGGUCGAAUUGCAAUUACACAGCUCGGAUUAAGAAGAUUAUGCAAGCUGAUGAGGAUGUUGGGAAGAUUGCCAUGGCUGUGCCUCUUCUAGUUUCUAAAGCUCUGGAACUAUUUCUGCAAGAUCUAUGUGAUCGGACAUAUGAGAUUACACUGAAAAGAGGAGCAAAGACCAUGAAUUCUUUGCAUUUAAAACAGUGUGUCCAGACAUUUAAUGUUUUUGAUUUUCUGAGGGAUAUCAUCAGCAAGGUUCCUGAUUUAGGUGGUUCUGAUGCUGCUGGUGAAGAUCGUUCAGUUGCCAAAAAAAGGAAAGUUACUGAUGAUGAGGAAAAUGAUAGCGAUGAUGAGUCAAAGAGGAGUAGGAUGCAUGAGGCAGGUCACACUAGCAGCAGUGGUAGAGGAAGGGGUAGGGGCAGAGGUAGAGGUCGUGGACGAGGUAGCCGAAUGGUAGAGAGGGAGAUGGCUGUGCAAUUUGAGAAGCUUGAAGAUGAUCCAGACAUUUCCAAGAACAAUCAAAGCCUUGAGAGGCUCGAUAACGGGGCAGAAGCCAAGGAAUUGGAGGAAAACAUUCUAGGUGACAAAAGUGGAGAGGGGCCAAUUCGAAACUUUGACUUGAACCUGGACUUGAACGAGGAUGGGAACUCAACAGCCCUUGCUGCUGCCUCUGCUAGUUCAUCUGCAGAGCCCAUUCCAGAAAGGGCUGCUGCUGCCCCUGCUAGUUCAUCUGCAGAGCCCAUUCCAGAAACGAAGCAUGAGGAAUACCCUGGCUGGUCUGUAUCUGACAUGGAAAAGAUGGCAAUUGAUCCCAUUCAACUUGCCAACUUAAGUAGAAGGAUAGAUGAGGAUGAGGAAGAUUAUGAUGAAGAAGGUUGAAUUGCAUGUGUUGCUGGUGUUUGUGGUUACUUACUGAGAUAGGUUUGUAGUUCUUCUUUUAAGGUAUACAAGUAGAUGUUUGGUGGAGCUUGUUGUGAUAGAUAGUUAGGAAGUAGGGCUAGAAAGAUAGAAAGAUGAACAAAACUGCAAACACCAUCCUAGGCAAGGCUGAGAGCAUAGUUCUUUUGGUUUUCUUUAGACAUUUGUAUCAUAUGCUUCUUUUCUGCUUACUGAUUGUUUCAAACUCGUUUUCCUCCUCUAGCAUAUGGAAAUCCUAGGAACAAAACUUAUUAUAUUCUUCUUUACUGCUUA